AUGACAAUCACCCUCACUGCUCACGCCACUAGCGGCUCCACCACGACAAUCACCCUCACUGCUCACGCCCCUAGCGGCUCCACCACGACAAUCACCCUCACUGCUCACGCCCCUAGCGGCUCCACCACGACAAUCACCCUCACUGCUCACGCCCCUAGCGGCUCCACCACGACAAUCACCCUCACUGCUCACGCCCCUAGCGGCUCCACCACGACAAUCACCCUCACUGCUCACGCCCCUAGCGGCUCCACCACGACAAUCACCCUCACUGCUCACGCCCCUAGCGGCUCCACCACCACAAUCACCCUCACUGCUCACGCCCCUAGCGGCUCAGCCACCACAAUCACCCUCACUGCUCACGCCCCUAGCGGCUCCACCACGACAAUCACCCUCACUGCUCACGCCCCUAGCGGCUCAGCCACCACAAUCACCCUCACUGCUCACGCCCCUAGCGGCUCCACCACGACAAUCACCCUCACUGCUCACGCCCCUAGCGGCUCCACCACGACAAUCACCCUCACUGCUCACGCCCCUAGCGGCUCCACCACCACAAUCACCCUCACUGCUCACGCCCCUAGCGGCUCAGCCACCACAAUCACCCUCACUGCUCACGCCCCUAGCGGCUCAGCCACCACAAUCACCCUCACUGCUCACGCCCCUAGCGGCUCAGCCACCACAAUCACCCCUCACCACAAGGAGUCUCAUCUCUACAAUAUAUAA